UUGGCGCUGAAAUUUUGUGAGCAUCGUUGACAUUUAUACUCACUUCAUUGCAUCUCGUUCAUACCGAAUCGUUUUGUUUUUAACUUUUUUUGCCGGCUUUAAAUAUUUACGAAGAAAAUGGCAUUGUGGGUUGAUAAAUAUCGUCCUCGAGUCCUUGACGAAUUGGAUUAUCAUCAAGAUCAGGCACAACAAUUGAAAAAUUUAGCGAAACAAAGUGAUUUUCCACAUUUAAUGUUCUUUGGACCGAGUGGAGCGGGUAAGAAGACGCGUAUUUUAUGUUUGUUGCGAGAAUUGUACGGUGAAGGUGUUGAGCACAUCAAAAAUGAAACGUUCCAAUUCACAACGGCAUCAAAUCGUAAAAUGGAAAUUCUCACCAUUGGCAGCAACUAUCAUUUGGAAAUAAAUCCAUCGGACGCCGGUAUUCAUGAUCGCAUCGUUGUUGUUGAGCUCAUCAAACAAAUUGCUCAAACACGGAAUUUAAAUCAAAGCGGACAGCGGGAAUUUAAAGUGAUUGUAUUGUCUGAAGUGGAUUCUUUGACCAAAGAUGCACAACACGCAUUGCGUCGCACCAUGGAGAAAUACAUGAGCACAUGUCGUAUUGUUUUGUGCGUAAAUUCAACGUCACGCGUAAUUCCGGCCAUUCGAAGUCGUUGCUUGGGCAUUCGUGUAUCCGCACCAAAGAUUGAAGAGAUUUCCGACAUUUUGGUGAAAAUAUGCAAGAAAGAAAGUUUGAACAUUCCGCGUGAAUUGGCCGAGCGCAUGGCAACACAAUCGAAUCGAAAUCUUCGCCGUGCCAUCCUAUUACUUGAAGCAACCCGAGCUCAACAGUAUCCAUUCACCGCCAAUCAAAAGAUCAUGGAACUUGAAUGGCAAAUCUUCCUGCGUGAAACGGCCAAUCAAAUACUCUCCGAACAAACUCCGUCCAAAUUAGAAAAGGUUCGAGAACGUUUGUACGAAUUGCUGGCACAAGGUAUUCCGGCCGACACAAUAUUCAAGACGUUGGUCGAAAAUUUGGUGAAGAAAUGUGAUAUGUCGUUGAAAGCAAAGACCGUCGAAUUUGCCUGCAUUUAUGAACAUCGUAUGCAACAGGGUAGCAAACAUAUUUUCCAUCUCGAAGCAUUUGUCGCCAAUUUCAUGGCCAUCUACAAAAAAUUCAUGAACGAAAUGAUGACAGAUGAUUUCUAAAUAUAAAUUCAUUUAAUCCAUUUCAUUUUUUGUAUUUUUUUUUAUAAAAAAACUGUUUAUUUAAAAUAAAGCUGCUUAAGAAUAAAUAUUAAU